CUCUCACAAUGAUCAGAGCACCGCGGGCAGUAAACAAUUUUGAAGGCAUUACGAUCCAAGGAACUGCUCGUGUACAUCUGGGAAACAGAAUUGUCUAUGAGGAUGAAGUCGAAUCUAAAGUGAAAGGCGCCUUGGCUGCUGCGGAGUGGCUUUCGUCCUCAAAUCACUACCAAAGGCGGAAAGAAAUAUUUUCUAAACGUCAUGGAAGAACUGGAGAGUGGUUUUUACAUACUCCAGACUUCCAUAAAUGGGUGAACGACGAGGACCAAACACUGUGGUGUUAUGGAAUCGCUGGAAGUGGAAAGUCCGUCAUUGCUUCGCUGAUUGCAGAUCGUCUUAUCCAAUACAAACAAGACCACGCCACAUAUGUUGCAUUCUUAUUCGCAGACCCAGAUAUUGGCCACCGAACCACCGCCGAGGACAUUAUUUCUAGCAUCCUGAAGCAGUUCUUGAUUGAGCAUGAAUUCUCCACAUGCUGCUCUCACCUGGAGAACUUGUACACAGCACAUCACAGAAGGAAAUCCCGUCCUUCUUGGGAAGAAUGUCUCGAAGUUUUUCGGCUGUUCAUGGAAAGAUUAUCGAAAGUAUACAUUGUAAUUGAUGGUCUGGACCAACAAGGGAUUCUUGAUGAAUCGGUAACAAUGCUUCUGAGCGCGUUGGAAAGCUGGACCAAUUUGAACUUGCUGAUUACAACCCGUUCAAAAACACCGUUCACGGACUGGAAACGACCGAGAGCUUAUAUCAAUAUAUCAGCAAGCAAGCAAGAUAUGAAGAGCUAUAUCGAACACCGAACUAUAAUGGUUCCAGGGCUACAGAAUAUUCUCGUUGGAGACACCUCAGUCCAGGACGCCUUUGUCGACACUAUUAUCAACCAGUCUCAGGGAAUGUUUCUCAUGGCAAAGCUGCAUUUAGAUUCCAUUGCGACGAAGCAUUGCUUGCGUCACGUCCAAGCUGCACUUCACACCUACCCGACGUCCAUUAACGACAUGUAUCGAGUGUCAUGGCUUAGAAUGCAUAAACAAAAUCCAGGCACCAUCUAUCUUGCGACGAAGGUUCUAGAUAUGGUGUGCUACACAUAUGAGCCUCUUACUGCGUCAGGAUUGCAGUACGCUCUAUCUCCGCCUUGGAUAAAUAAGCAAAGCCAAGACGAGAUAGUCGAUGAAAAUCUACUGAUAUCAAUAUGUUGUGGAUUGAUAUUCAUCGCCCCUGAUGAAACAGUGAGAUUUAUUCAUCCCACAGCGCACCAAUUCUAUAAGGAUUUACGCAUCUACAGUCCCAGGGCGCUGCUACUUCGUCUCACUUUAACUUUGCUCUGGACAUUCAACCACUUGGUAACUGAAAGCAAGGUCCAUUUACUCAUUCACGACCUUCUUUGGGGCUCCUUGAACAAAACCAUGGUUUCCGCUUUGGGCUUAUUAUCAAAAACCAUCGAAUCCCGAAAACAGUCUUGGAUGGGUCCAUGUCCGACAUCCUUGAAGUCCGCCAUUUCACUCUUCAUUUGUAUUGUAGUCAUUCUAUAUCUCAUGCUAUAAACAUCACAAC